AGGUUAGCUUCUUGUUAUCGACUGUCAUCUAGGUGCGAGAUCCCAAGAGAUUGUCUAGUACACCUGUGGAAUUGGUCUGCCGAUACCGGGCGCAUUUGGGCAGGCGCACCAACACGAUAACGUUUCCGAGCCUGGAAAAGCCAUAAAGAUGACGGUUCUAGGCCAUAGACAAUGUUUUCUCCCGGUGCAGCAAUCUCGGCGGAGGCUCCAGCCACUUGCAGCCCAGAGGGUCCGCAGUAAACGGCAAAUUGCUGUCUCGCGGACCCUUAUUGCUAAGAAAGGACAUGAGUCUCAAGUAGCAAGUCUUGCUGGUGAAAUCUUAAAAUGGACAGAGCAAGAGAGCCAGGUCUCCGGGAAGGGAAUUCUCGCAUUCGACUGCGUUCGAGACGGGUGGGAGGCGAACACCUUCCACUUUUGGGAACGAUAUGAGGACACCACCGCAUUCGGCACGCACAGCACAGCACCUCGCAUGAUGGAAAUGAUGAAAAAGUUGGAGCCGCACCUAGAGAGCCCGAUUGGUGUGGCGCUCUACUCCUACGAGAAUGGCCGCCUGGGGCCCGUGUCGAUGCAAGCCGGCCCCAAGGGCGAGGGCGGGCUGGACGACGCCACGGGCGCCAGUGGAGCCGCCGGCGGUGCGUCGUACAAGCAGACCUCCAGAGCCUUCGACCUCACCAAGGUGGACGAGCACGAGGAGGCGCAGCGCGAGCGGCAGCUGCUGUCCUCCAUGAGUGUGGACGGCGGCAGUGGGCCAGAUGGGGCGCAGCAGCAGGAGGCGGACGGCGAGGGGGCGGGCGUGCCGGCCUUCGCACGCGGGCUGCUGUCGCUGGCGGCCGCGUUCAAGGAGAAGGUCAUGGCGCCCGUGUGCCGGCUGCUGAAGCACAAGCACUGAGGGGGAUGGGAGGGCGGCAUAAAGUGGCAUGCACUGCAAGAGAGACACACGGGGGUGUGCAUGGGGGCCUGGGGGUUGGGGUGGUUCGUGGUGUUGGGAGGCAGGCAGUCAGGCAGGCAAACAGGCAGACGUGGAAUGCAAUCAUGCGGGGAGAGGGCUGCGCUGUGUGGUGGGGUACUGACGUGCUGCCGUGUUCGCCUGGUCAACGCACUGAGCCUUGUCCGAAGUUGACCACAAUCAUCAUAGGUUAUUAACAAACGUCAGACUUGAACACUAACUGGUAAGGAUAAUCCGUAUCAAAGUGGGAGCCGUCUGUCUGAACGGGAAGCAUGUUCUUGCCACGGCCCGUCAUUCGGUUAGCCAGGACUGCUGGGCACAUUCAGG